AUGACUAAGACGUACGCCAAGGCCAAGGAGAUGGCCGAGCUCGUCAGCUCCCAGGCCUGGGUGGACGGAGCCCUGAGCUCCCAGGAGGAGAUGAAGGAUGAGGCCAGCAGGCAGGGCCCCUAUGGGCUGAUGGCCGGCUUGACAGGGGAGAACGGCAGCAUGGAAGAGGAGGAGGAAGAGGAGGAGGAGAACGGAGACAAACCCAAGCGGCGAGGCCCAAAGAAGAAGAAGAUGACCAAGGCGCGGCUGGAGCGGUUCCGGGCCCGGCGGGUCAAGGCCAACGCCCGGGAGCGGACCCGAAUGCACGGCCUCAACGACGCGCUGGACAACCUGCGGCGGGUCAUGCCCUGCUACUCCAAGACCCAGAAGCUGUCCAAGAUCGAGACGCUGCGGCUGGCCAGGAAUUACAUCUGGGCUCUGUCCGAGGUGCUGGAGAGCGGGCAGACGCCAGAAGGGAAGGGCUUUGUGGAGAUGCUCUGCAAAGGCCUGUCCCAGCCCACCAGCAACCUAGUGGCCGGCUGCCUGCAGCUGGGGCCACAGGCCCUGUUCCUGGAGAAGCCUGAGGAGAAGCCCCCGGCGUGCGAGUCGGCGGUGCCUGGCCAUGCCUUCAGCUACCAGUCCCCCGGGCUGCCCAGCCCACCCUACGGGACCAUGGAAACCCACCUGCUCCACUUAAAACCUCCGGCCUUCAAGGGCAUGGUGGACCCAUCCUUUGGAGGGCACGCCCCAGACUGCACCACCCCACCCUAUGAGGGCCCCCUCACGCCACCCCUCAGUAUCACUGGGAACUUCUCCUUGAAGCAGGAUGGGUCCCCAGACCUGGACAAACCCUACGCCUUCAUGGCCCACUACCCCUCCGUGAGCCUGGCCGGAGCCCACGGCCACAUGCCGCACUUCCAGAGCGCGGUGCCCCGCUAUGAGAUCCCCCUGGACAUGAGCUAUGAGGCGUAUCCCCCCCACGUGGCGGGGCCCCAGCUCAGCUCCCUGUUUAGCGAGUAACAGGGUCCAGGCCUUCAGCGUCACGAGGAACCCAGCCAUGCAGCGUAGAUGCAACCUCAUCAGGAACCCACCGGGGAAGGUCCGAAGCGCUGGCCUGUUCCCUAUGGUGCUUCUGCAGCUCUGAGGGACCUUCCAGCUUUUCCCCACCUGUCUGUCGUCGUGCUCCUUGGCCCAGAGCAGCCCCCACAGCUCAGCCGUCCUUUCCUCCUCCUCUCUCGGUGGGUGGGCAAUGGUAUGUGGUCACUUCUGGUCCUGAUGGAGCAUUCAAAGCAGAUGUCUCCAGACCCCCUGGCUCUGGCAGGACACCCAGCUUGGGGUCUUCUGCCAAUGGCUCUCAUGUCCAGGCUCUAGCACUCCCCCCUCCUGCCCCCAGGCAUGAUUCCUCCAUCAGUCCAAGCCAUAUGCAAGCUACUCCCAUUGCAAGGUCCAGCCAUGGAUGCCUGGAUGUAGUGCAAGAAGGGCCAUCCAUGCCGUUGGCUUCUCCAGACCAGUUGCCAUCCUCCCUGGCAGCUUUCCCUCCUGCGGCUAGGGAAGCCAACAGCCGCAGCCGCCUGAAUCAGGCAGGAACCCACCCAGCCGGUGGGGGCAAAGCUUUGUGGAGUCUCCUGCCAAUUGCCGCCAGCCUCUGCCCUUGAUUCAGCUGGACACGAUCCCCUCUGCACGGCCCUGGAGGCACCCCGUGCAGAAGCGCUCAGCUCAGUCGUGCAGAGAAACCCCCAAUACUGCCCCUCAGGACUCCCGAACUCAUGCAAGCACAAAGUCCCAGCACUUUCCAGAGAGCAUUAAACCCUCCAACCACCCGCUGAUGGCUGUUUCACAGCCUAUUGACCAGGCCCGGCAUUUGCAGACAUGAGCACGGGGGCCUUUGGAUGCCAUCUCCCUUAUUUAUUUCACUGCCUCUCCUUUAUUUCCUUUGCGUUUCCCCCGAAAUGUGGGAUGUGUUCCCCCCAUCGGUGUUGAGUCAGGUUUUCACUUUGUGGGCGAUGUGUGUGUUGUUCUGGAUUAUUUAUUAGACAUUAUUUAUUUAAUUUAUUCUCCCCCUAGCUGUUUCCUGCGGGCAAAGCCGAGGAGCUGCGCAGUGGACAGGGCCACUCUUGGCUCGCUGCCCGUGCCCAUCUCACCUGCCCCGUCCCCAACUAGUUGUAUACGAGCAAUAACCAUGACAAACCCUUUCAGGAAGAUGCAGGCAGCUCUUUCUGGAGCCGGCUCCAGGGAGGCCCGGGUGGGGAAGCCGCACUAUUUUUUUAGGGGAAUUUUCUAGUGUUGGGGAGUUCAUCGUGCUCUGGAGGUCCCUGGUUGUGCAGCCGGGACUGGUGCAGGGAGCA